AUGGCUGGAAGAGGCGAAGAGCAACCAUCCGACGAAGAUUUCGUCGGCCGCAGUCCAAAAAUGAGGCGUUCGAAGUUCAAAUCGCGGAUUCUUCGAGGGGGAUUCAGAGCGGCGGGGUCGUUUCUCACCACGCCAUCUUCUGAAAUCGAGAAGAAGACCACCCCAGUCGAGUCCACAGAGAGUGAGAGAGCAGAGAUCGAGGGAUUUAGCCGAGCCUCCAGAGUCCAGACAGCUUGUUCAUCGAGGAUGGAAGCUGCUCCUACUGCUAUUAAUGUUGACCUUGCUCCCAAUGUCAAUGUCCCUGAACAACCUGUCCAACCUGAACAACCUGUCCAACCUCAACCUGAACAACCUGGUAAUGUUGAGGAGCUUGAAGCUCAACCCCCUCACACUAGUGAAAGGCUUGCUGAUAGGUUGUUUGAUUGUCUUUUGGAUUGGAACAUUGAUGUUUCAAUUGAUGUCUGCUAG